CUCAAUUACCCACCGCUAAUACUCAACCAAAGUGUACACAAUUUCUUUGGCUUCUUUGACAUUUGCAACGGCGUGUGUAAACCAUUCUCUUUGUGGCUGCUUGUUCCCGGUCGCCUUUGUAUGACAAAUCCCGCUACGUUUGCGGUAUCUACGGCGGCCCGUUGCCCAGGGGAAUUUUUGUGUUUUUGCAGUGACCGACAUCUUGUUCACACCACGGCGUGCUGUACGGACGGCACUUACGUCUCCGGGAACAAGUGAAGACAACAUUUGCUGUUUGAAGACAGGUAACACUAAGACCAUGGGUUGAAGAGUGUUUCCCGCUUGGUUGCAGCCCCAAACCCUGUGCGUACAGCCCUCUUAACGGCGAUGGAAUUGCGUCGACAUAGUACAGAACUUACCUGACAAGUUCACAAUGUUGAACCAGCGAGCAAGAGACGCAAGAUCACCACCUCCCAACGUUCUGCUAUGGCAGAAGUUCCGGGAGGAGCGUGAUGUUGCCUUACAACGGGAGGUCGCAGCUAAAGACAAAGAGGCCCUGACUGUGUACAAGAGCCAGGAGACGAUUGGAGUCCUGAAGGAAAAGGCACAAAGAAAGGAUGAAGAAAAUCAGAUGCUCUCCCGCAAGGUAAGAAAACUCGAGAAGCAGAAAAGAAAGGAAGAGUCGCAACAACGUAAGGCUCAGCUCAAGUUACAGAAAGAAUUGGAAAAGUUGCGGAAACUUAACAAGAAGUUACUAGGAGACGUCGACGUGCUACAGACCACGGUUUCCAAACAAAAGAAGAGGCUACAGAAGUUGAAGAAGGGGAAGCUGAAAACGUCUCAUGAGGUUGAUGAAUUCGGUGAAAUUGACUUAGACCUUGAGGUGAAGAUUAGUGAUGACGAGUUCACCGAAGAGCUCGGCGGGGAGCCGGGAAGACGAAGGUCUAGAGGCCGGAGGUGGAACGCCGAGAGACGAAUAGAGGAAGGAGACGAAAAUUCAAGCUCUGACGAAGGACGGGGCACGGCAGAAGACGACAAUGCGGACUCUGUGAGCUCAAGACUAGGCAGGAACUCAGCCAUGGCCAUGCAUGCCGAGGCAACAAAGCAGGAGGUUUCGCAGAAUAUCGCGAGACUUCAGGAUAUCCUUUCUGGCAAGAUUGAAGGCAACGUGGAAGACUCCAUGCCAGAGGAGUACUUGGAGGAACUGCGAGCCAUGGCCGGCGGCAUGGACUUGAAACAGUGGUGGAGCAAGCUAACUCCUGAAGAGAGAGAACAAAAACUUAAACAGCUCAACAAAAGAGUGUACAAGAAGAAAGCCAAAAUGGCGGGAAUCUUGGAGGAAGGCGCGAGUGACGACGAUUCCGCACAUGGAAAGACCAAGGGAAGUCUUGGCAGACGAGGCAAAACAGGUGGUGAAAACCAGCCGAGGAGUAGAAAAACCUCCAGGAAUCGUAAGAACUCCGGUUUAGGUGACGACAGCGAUGGUGACACGGCGAACGGCCCUGCGAAAUCACUUGCGCGCAGAAAAUCUGUCAGAGGAAGGAAGGAUGAGACAGAUGAUGAUCUUAAAACGGCGGGAAAGCCGACAAGAAAGGGCAAAGGAAGGCGAGGAGGGGGCAGGAUAGGUCAUAAUGAUUCAGAUGAUAGCGACGAAGACAAUCUUGAUACAAUGAGUGGGAAGAAGUUGAAAAAGAAAAUGGGCAAGAAAGGUAAGAAUAGUGAUCACAUGUUGGAUUCAGAAGGCGAGGAUGAGACUUCAGUGGGGAAAGCAAACAGAGGGAAGAAGGGCACUAAACUGCCUCCCAUCAAAAACAAAGGCAGACCGGGACAGCUUGGAGACAACGGUGACAGUGGAGAAGACGGGAGGGACGAGGGAGGCCUAGGUGGAUCAAAAGGUCGCAGGAAGGCUGUUUCGAAGGAAAAGGCUAAGGAAAUCUCAGACAAUGCCAAGAAGAUAGAAGACAUCUUGUCAGGGAAAGUGAAAGUGGACAACAUUGAAGACGCGAUACCAAGCGAGUAUUUGGAAGAAAUGAAGAAGAUGGCUGGAGGAAAGGACUUAAAGGAAUGGUGGGAUAGUCUUGAUCCUGAACAACGGGAGGAGCAAAUGCAACAGCUCCAAAGACGAAUGCACCAUAAAGAAGAGUUGCGCCAAGAGAGGGAAACGGGAAGAGUUGGAGUGCCAACACUGUCAGAUGAUAAAGUUCGGGAGAUAUCUAGAACCGUUGAUGAACUUCAAGACAUUUUGUCAGGAAAGGUAGACGUAGAUAAUAUUGAAGAAGCCAUACCAAGUGAAUACCUACAAGAGUUGAAGAAAAUGGCGGGCGGAAAAGACUUGAAGAAGUGGUGGGAUAGCUUAGAUCCCAAGGAGCGAGAGGAGAAGAUGAAGCACCUUCAGAAAAGGAUGCAGCAGAAGGAAACGCUGCGUCUUGCGAAUGAAGACAUGCAGGGCUUGGAUCCCGCAGAAAGGCAAGAACGACUUCUAGCGAUAGAGAAAGAAAUGAGAUUACAGGAAGCAAGAGAGGCAUUUAAAGAAACCGCACAAAAUGUUGCAGAAAAGGUCGGGAAAAUUGAGGACAUCCUAUCAGGGAGGGUUAUCGCAGAUAACUUGGAAGAGGCGAUGCCAAAAGACUACCUCGAUGAGUUGAGAAAAAUGGCAGGCGGAAAGGACAUCAAACAAUGGUGGAGUAGCCUGAAACCUGAAGAGAGGGAAGCAAAGAUGGCUGAGUUGCAGAGAAAAAUGUACCAAAAAGAGACGAUGGAUGCGGCCAAAGAACAACUGAAAGGUCUUGACCCGGUAGAGAGAGAGAUGCGGCUGCGCGAGCUACAGCGAGAAAUGCAGAUGGAAGAAGCGAAGCACACGGCGAGAGAAAAGGCUGUACGUAGCAUAGUGCAAAACAUGGAAGCCAUCUUGGAGGGAGCAGCGGGCGGAAAUAUAGAAGACGUCGUUCCCGACCACGUGUUGCGCGAGAUGAGAAGACUGGCCGGAAACCAGGAUUUGCAAACCUGGUGGAAAAAUCUCAGCUCAGAGGAAAAGCAAAAUCUCCUGACAAAAUUUGAACAGGACAUUCGGGAGGAUGAAAGUUUACAAAAGGCGAUCGACGACAGAGUAGAGUCCAUGUUCCGGGGGCUGGGUGGAGAUGCCCUGUCUCCAAAUGCCUCGCUUCCUCCUUUCCUUCGUCAUUCCGGCCUCUUAGACGACGUCAUUUCCGACUUGACUGAAGAGAUGGUUCUACGUAGUGGAGACACGCGAAACUUUAGACACCGGUUUUCUCUCGGGUCUCUUCCUCCACUGACUAUCAGCCUGAACAAAAUGGGGCUAGGGUGGGGGAUAUCUCCGCGUAUAUAUGACUACAAUGUCAUCGACCACCGCUACCUCGGCCGAAAGCCAAGAGCAGAUAAAGUGAUGUCAUUCCCCUUGGGGAAUUGGGUCUACAUCCGUGAACGUGCGGGGAACUCGUGCAUGACUAGAAUCUUGAAGAGGAGCUUUGAAAUGCAUCGGCGAUGACUCACAUGCUUCAUUGUGUAAUGAACUGUCUCUGCAUUUUGCGGUGUUUGCAUUUGGGUCUGACUUUCAAAAAAACUAAAUCCCAUGCAGCUAGCUGUAUCCCUUUUCAUUGCCUUACAUGCAGUGGACAAAGUCUUCACAUCAUAUCAGGAUCAUCGUAAAUAUUUUAUUCUGUAGUACAUAACUUGCUUAGAUUAUUUUCUUUAACAUCACGAGGACAUUGAAUUUUUUUAUGCAUUGAUGUUUGGUUGACUUUUGUACGUGGUAUCCUUUGUUGCUUCGAUUACGUGACUGUAUUCUAUUAACACACCUGUACCGUGUGAGUCCUCAGAAGAGUGAAUAAAGGACAGUUUUGA